UAAGCAGAUCGGACUGUUAAACUAGACUCGCAUUAAAUAUCAGCCGCGACUAAAUAUUUUAAAAAAUAAAUAGGGUCGCUAUGGGUUCAAAAUUGAUUUUUAUACUUGCAAUUGUGUUGUUACAGGAAGAUUUGCUAUGCUAUGCCACAAAAGACGUUAGGCUUGCAUACAUAUAUCGAAAUAAGGCGAAGAUGGUUCCAACGGUUUUGGACUGUGAUUAUGAGAUUGAGGCAGACACAUCAAUGAUUGCUCUAAAGUGGUUUAAAGAUGACAGACCUAUAUAUCACUGGGUUCGGGGAAGUUCUCCUGCUGUGAACCCCUAUUUUAGGAACCAGAUUAACACUUCAUAUGUGGCUUCUUCGGAUCCGAACAAGCGGUAUAGCUCGUUGGCCCUCAUUAAUCCGACAAUCAUAACGACUGGUGACUACAAGUGUGUGGUCCUAACCGAAGCAAACGUUAACGUUUUUGAACAGACGGUACAGGUUAUCGACCUAAGUAAAUACUCGUUGGAUCUAUACCACAAUACAAUCCCCAACGGAACCCAGGUGCAGUGUAUCCUGACCGGCAUGUAUCCCAGACCCAGUCUUAAAAUCAUAUCCCAAACUGGGGAAGUUAUAAAAGAGGAGUCUAAUGCCCAGGAAAACGAGGAUGGCUAUUUCAAUGCCACUGCGUCUGUGGACGUAAAUGAGUCUAGAGCUAAGUCCUAUGGAUGCCAGGUUUUCUUCGAGAAUGGAAUCCAGCUCAAUUAAUAACAUAUAUAUUUGUUUAUUCUGUAACGUUUUAUCUGCAAUUGUCUUUCAAAUGUGGGUAUCUUUUUACAAGUUGAAGAAAAGGGUUUAGCACCAUACGUGUAUUGUAUUUACACAUUCGUAUGGAAGAGUGAAGGCUUUUUCUUUUGUUAAUCAACGAAUUGGAACGACUGUCUAAGUCUUAACAAAAAAAAUCCACUACAUACGAACACUUAUUAACGUUUUACAAAGCAAAAGUAAAUCUUAGCCUAGAUGAAACUCUAUAAAUUAUACCCUAACUUUUUGCAGCCAGUACAUGGUAUUUCUUUAUUUUUGAAAUUAAAUCAUUAUCACAUUUUUCA